CACAGCAAGUGAAAUCAGCUGCUUCUGAUUUUUUUUUUGUCCAUUUUUACCCUCUGGGAUUUUUUACUCUCUCUCCUAUUUAGUUCUUGUUCCUCCUCCCCCCCACCAUCCCACCCCACACACACACCUUACUUGGUUUGAAGAGCAGAAUAACAUUUGGUUUGUCUCCUAAGUCUGAUCACUAUGUUUCUGGUUCUUCUAGCCACCACGGAGUUAAAGGACUUUUUUGCUAAGGCCCGGAAUGGCUCGAUCCGCCUCAUCAAAGUCGUCAUUGAGGAGGCUGGUGCUGGGAGCUGCCAAAGACCUGGCUCGGCAUUGGGAUAAGGACUACGACUCCUUCGUGCUGCCGCUGCUGGACGAACAGCAGCCGUGCUACAUCCUCUACCGGCUGGACACCCAGAACGCCCAGGGCUUCGAGUGGCUCUUCAUCUCCUGGUCCCCGGACAAUUCCCCGGUCAGGCUGAAGAUGCUGUAUGCAGCAACCCGAGCAACAGUGAAGAAAGAAUUUGGAGGAGGACACAUAAAGGAUGAGCUGUUUGGGACCGUGAAGGAAGACAUCUCGCUCAGUGGCUACCAGAAGCAUGUGUCGUCCUACUCCGCCCCGGCCCCUCUGACAGCAGCCGAGCAGGAGCUCCAGCAAAUCCGUAUUAAUGAGGUGAAGACGGAGAUCAGCGUGGAGAGCAAACACCAGACCCUGCAGGGCCUGGCCUUCCCGCUGCAGCCCGAGGCCCAGCAGGCCAUCCUGUUGCUGAAGGAGAAGAAAAUCAAUUACAUCCAGCUGAAACUGGAUCUGGAGCGGGAGACGAUCGACCUGGUCCACACAAACGCCACGGAGCUAGCGGACCUCCCCAGAAGGAUCCCCCAGGACACCGCGCGCUAUCACUUCUUCCUGUACAAGCACUCUCACGAGGGAGACUACCUGGAGUCUGUGGUGUUCAUCUACUCCAUGCCUGGCUACCGGUGCGGCAUUAAGGAGCGGAUGCUGUACUCCAGCUGCAAGAGCCGGCUGCUCGACACUGUGGAGCAGGAGUUCUCCCUGGAGAUCACGAAGAAGAUCGAGAUAGACGACGGAGCCGAGCUGACCGCCGAGUUCCUGUACGACGAGGUCCACCCCAAGCAACACGCCUUCAAGCAGGCGUUCGCCAAGCCCAAGGGGCCCGUGGGGAAACGGGGACAGAAGCGGCUGAUCAAAGGGCCAGGAGAGAACGGCGAGGACAGUUAGAUCCCAAAGGGCAGGAAGCCGGGGCAGGAACAGGCCUGUGAACUUCGGACGGCAUCCCGAAGGGCAGUUUCCACAGGAUCCGCGGCUCCGCUUCCGAGCCUGCCCGCCGAGCCCGGAGAGGCUUUCCCCCUCCUCCUUGUGGGUCAGAUCCUGAGCACCUGGCUUCGCUUGGGGGAGGGGCGGGGAGGAAGCCGGGGCAGGGGUGGGAUCUGUGGUGGUUUGAUUUUCUCUUCCCCCCCUCGCUCUCUUGUGUAAUUCCUGAGCAGAACGAUGUCCCAGUAGGCAGUGAGGUUUAAACGGGUGCUCCUGAUGCCCCCUGGCGUGUGACCUGGUAGCUGCACUAACGGAAGGGCUCGCUUACCCAGAGGCCGGGCUCUGGAAUUGCUGGUCGGGGUUGGGCUGAUGACGAAAGCAGGCGGCUUUCACCUCCCCUUUGUGUGUUGCCUCCGUAUCCAAGUCCCUAAGCCUGGACAGCUUUCCCCUAUGACGCUGGCUCCUUAGCUGGCCAGUGCCCUGGGACGUGCGCCAGACGGCUUCCUCCCCGGGGACGGGCCAGCGGCUCUACUGCCGGGUGGGAUCCGGGGAGCGUGGGGCGGGAUCGCUGGCGUUCCUCACCACAGCAGGGCAACUUCCCCCCUUUCCAUGGAGGCUGGUGGGCGUGGGGCGAACGCAGCCCCCGGGCAGGCCACCCACAGAGCAGCAGCGUUCUGCCGCGGUGAGUGGAAGCUGGGUAGUUCCUCCCCUCUGGGCGCAGAGGCGGGGCUCUCGGAGAGACUGCGCGUUUCACAGUCCGGGGUUUGCCUUGGAUCUGUGUCCCAGUGUGGAGGCUCCUCUGUCGCCUGCAGUUCCACCCUCCGGCUUUCCCAGCUGCUGGAGCCACUCCCGCAAAACCCGUCUGAGGCCCUGGAUGCUGCUCUGCUCCAGAAUUAGAAGCUGAGACACUCUGGCCGGCAGUUAAACUGGGGCUCUGGCCCUUUGUCACUGAGUUGAGGGGCAAGGGAGGCUGGGCCCCAGCCACUAACCUGCUGGCAGCUCUCCCUUGCUCCGGGUGCAGUCUGAACAUGAGCCGAUCACCUGGACCCAUGAGCUCCGUAUCUGGCUCUGGGCUGCCUCGUAACACCCUGGUGCAGGAACAGCUCUUGUGACACUCACGCCUGGCCCUACGGUUGCAUUACUGCCCUGCCCUGGCUCCCCAGACCCACUCUGGCACCUCCUCAGUCCUGAACCCACUGUCCAAAACCAGACUUGGGAAGAGGGGAGCGACCCACAGCCCACCAGGGGUGUUGUGCAUGCCAGGCCACCCAUAACCCCAUUCAUCCUCGCGUGUGAUAGUUUAGCCCUUCGUUAUGCCCAGCAGCCCAUCCUUUGUUCUCUAGGGAAGUGGGGACAGCCAUGUCCAGCUGAGGGCUACAGGACACCGUCACGCUGCCCGAGACCAGGGUGGUUUUGCGGUGCUGGGCUGCGAGAACAUCAGCAGCGGCAGGUUUAUCCGUUGCAUUCUGCUCUCCGGUUAGCAGGGCUGUCCCUUCACCCUGACUGGGAACAUUGGGUAUCUGGAGAAGACUUGUAGGUCCAUGUGAAGCAGGUUGGCUGAGGUGUUCCCCUGGGGCAGAGGGGCUAGCUGUGGCCCAGGCGGGAGGCCCGGGGAGCUGUGGCGGUGAUGAGGAAGGAGCGUGCUGUCCAGGCCCGUGCGCACGAAAGCGUCAGGACUGUCGCCAGGAAAGGGGGAGAGUUGUGGCUGUUGGAAAUCCACCUCGUAGCUGUUUGUUUCCGUGGGGCACGGUGUUUCACGCACACGUCAUUCCAGCCCUGGGCAGCCUCUGCCUGAUCUGUAUCGUGUCUGAGGGGACUCAGCCUUGUCCAUCCUGGAGCACUGUGGGGUGUUAUGUUGGACGCGAAGCCGUUGUUUGGUUUUCAUUCUCUCUGCUGCCGUGAAAACUUUGGAAGGCUGUGUCAGCCCGGUGGAUUGUCCCAGUCUGAGGAGGAAGAGUCGACAUGGAGGUCGGCUCAUCCCUUCCAGGUAGGAAAUGGGGGGACUUGUUCUAGAGCGCAAGACAGGGAGGUGGCUAGGAAAGGAUUUUACACGUCCGUUGGCUCAGCCCAUGAGCUGAAAUGUCUAGUUCGUGCUGGGUUUUCAGCAGCCCUGGAGGUUUGGCUGCUGGAGGUGAUCAGGGCAGUGCUGGGACAACCCAGAGGUGGGCUAGGGGUAAGCGUUGACCUGGCAGGAGAGUCUCUACCAGGGAUUUUAGCUGUGGGCCCUCCCUCACCUUCCCUGGCUCAGACUACACACCAGGUCCCAGUCUCAGCUGGCUUUUCACCUCCCUGGCUUUUCAGCGGAACCUCUCGCUUUUCCUGCCAGCAGUCAUGGGACCUGGUCAGCAGGACUCUCCUUGUGACAAACCACAAACUAUCCAGCUGUGGGGGGGAGAGGAGGGAGUGGAAUAUCCCUUCCUCUCUCCAGGCCAGCGGCUUUUCAGACGUGUUUUCCUCUGGAGUGAGGCAAUAGCUUGUCUCUUCCCGUUGCUCAGCCCUUGCUGACCCUUCUGGCUGCUUGACCAUCUGUACCUUAGCCCUGCUUCUUUGGGGGAGUUACGUGAAAGGGUCCACAUGCAUGCGAGGACCUAUUCCACCCAUGUUCUGUAUUGUGCCGUGGAACACCAGCCCCUCCCUCUGCUAUGCGAAGACCCAGUGAAAUCAGUGCUCUGUUUUAUGGUAAGGCCUCAUGUUCUCCUGUUCCCGGAUGAACGUGCACAGCCCGCAUUCCAGGAGCAGGCCAGCAAGCGGUGGAACUGCUCUGUCGCAGAGUCCUGGUCUCUCCCUGGGUGGGAAUUUGACUUCUCCAUCCUCCCUCUGGGCAGGGAGGGCUCACGGAGUUGAGGAAGUUUACAUGCUUCUGGCCACCCGGGAUCCCAGGAGAAGACACGGACCCCUGGGCGUCUUGAUAUCUCCAGGGCGCUGGUAGCUGCUGAGCGAGUCGCUCACUUCUGUCCCUAACUCUUUUUCUAAAUGGGGAAGAGACUUUAAUCCGGUUUAAAGAGUCUGCACUGUAAACAGACCAUCCCGGUCAUCUCUGUACCAGUGGUGGGCAACCUGCAUGCUGCAUACAGCCCAUUGGGAUUCUGCCUGCGGCUUGCACAUCCCCUCUCUGCCCCCCUCUCCACGUGCUUCUUGCACCCUGGGGCACUGGAGCCCCACACUUACCUAUGCCUCCCCCUUCCUCCCAGCACUUUGAAUCAGCUGAUUCGUGCUCCGUCCCUGCCGCUCCCCCUUCCUCCCAGAGCUUGAACUGCUUUGGAUCAGCUCAUUCGUGGUGCUCUGAGUGCUAGGAGGGAGGGGGAAUGAAGUGUGGGGCUCCUGUGCCCCAGUGUGCAAGAGGCGCGUGGGGGAAGGGGGCAGAGAGGGGACGUGCAGACAUGGAACAUCAAUAGGCCGCAGGUUACCCACCAUUUUCAAUCUUGCGGCCUACUGAGAUGAAGGAGGCUACUCAUGCAGCUUGCUCGCCUUGGCUGCUCUAGAACCGUGUGGCGUUUGGACUCGUUACCUUUGCCCCCACGCUUGGUGCAAGCCAUUGCCUGGCAGUGAUGCGAAGGUCCAGUCGGAACUCGCCCAACAGGCGAACAAGCGGAGCUCUAGGGCCUGUCGGGACCUGCGUGAAGGAAGGGAUUCCCAGUGGCUCUGUCCCCUCCUCGCCCCACGUGCUCCAUGCUUAAGGACAAAUUCUGCUCCUGGAAUCGUGUGUCCCCUCCUCCCCCCUC